AAGUCUUAAUAUGUUUUCUGCUAGUGAACAUCAGUAAAUGAUGUUUUGUGAAAUUUUGUGGCGACCGAAGUUUAAGAUGUAGAAUUGAAUCUGCUUUACCAUUUGGUCACUCCUCCCUGUAGUAAUAGGUGGAAGUCCUAAAUUUGCAAGAAAUGAAUGAAGAAGCCGCUCAUGAGUUGGAGUUAAAAAGAACAUCUCCUACAUGGUUGACAUUUAUUAGGAUUUUCUUCAGGCGAAGAGUUCUAAUGCUUGCUUUGAAGAUAAGCAGUGCAGCAGGCUUAAUGAUGCGUUAUAAGUGUUUGGGAUUCCUGCUAGUGAUGUACUUUGUGGCCUUUGGCUGACUCGUUUCUUGUCAACCACCUUUUGUGUGUAUGUACACAGUUGUCUUUGGAUGAGUUGUUAUUCCUUACUUGCACAGAUAUUAUGGUUGUGCAUUGGUGUCUUUCAGUGACAUAAAUUUUAAAUGCUCAAUGAAUAAACUUUGUUUUGGCAGGUAUAUUGUAAAAUGGAAAUAUUAGCUGUAAGUUUUAAGUCUCUGAUAAAAUCAAUGUACCCAUGCCACAGCCUAGUUCCACAUAAUAGACUGGGAAAUGUGUCAUGGCAAUGCUAUUACAGAAAGUAUAAUAGUAGUCAGCAUUAUAUCAGACAGUAUUACCCAAUUCUGAGGAAUGGUGGUGUUAUAUGUCCACAAGUGAGGCCUCAAAGACAAACAUUUGUACAUUUCUCUGUGAACAAUGCAGGGAACCGAUAUUUACAUACAUCAUCUCCAAAGUGUGCGUUGCCUCCAGCGCUGUUGUUAUUUUUGAGGCCCCUGUCUAAAUUUGCGGCUAUUUUGUUUGGCCGCUCAUUACGUAUGUGGUGGAAGAAAUUACCUGCUGAUAAAAGACUGUUCAUGUUAGAAGCAUUUCGAAGCCAUAGAUACCUCCUUCUUGGUCUUGGGGCAUCCAUUGGAGGUGGAAUUUGUUAUUUUUAUAUAACACACCUAGAAGUUGAUCCACUAACAAAACGAGAGAGGUUUAUUGCCUUCUCUGACGACCAAAUGAAAGCAAUGGCAAAGAUAGAACAAGAGACGAUGCUAAGUAAGUUUCAAGGAUGUGUCUUACCAGCCUCCCAUCCAGUUUACAGAGAGGUGGCUAAAGUGGCAAUGCAUAUUCUGGAAAGCAAUAUGGAUAUUGACAAAGUUAAACACACAAACUGGUCUCUCAUUGUCAUCAACAGCAUUGAUGAUAAAAAUGCAUUUGUUCUUCCGAAUGGCACAAUAUUUAUAUUUACGGGAAUGCUGACAGUGUGCAAUAGCAUAGACCAGCUGGGGAUUAUUAUAUCUCACGAAGUAGCACAUGUACUUCUGUCACAUAUGGCAGAGCAGAUGAGCAGAUUGCAUUUACAUGAAUUAUUGAUGAUUGUGCCAAUUAUUAUAUUAUGGGCAUUGUUUCCUGAUGGUGUUGCCAUGUUUUCUCAAUGGUUGUCCAAUUUGUUUGUAAAUACUCUUGUUCACUUACCGUUUAGUCGCAGUGUUGAGUCUGAAGCUGAUGAAGUAGGUUUGCAGUUGGCUGCCAAGGCAUGUCUGGAUGUAAGGGAGGCCAGUGCAUUUUGGGAGAAGAUGAAAUCACUCAGUGAUAGUGAAUCUGAGGAAGUAAUUGAAUUCUUGUCUACCCAUCCUGCAUAUGACACGAGGAAGAAGUUUUUGGAUUCGAAAGUUCCAGAAGCCAUGAAACUCCGAGAAAAAUGCAAUUGUCCAGCUCUUUCACCUCUUGACCCAAGAACUAUUAUUAAGACUGAAAUUUCACGGAAAAUACUCUAAUAACGUUGCAAGAUUCAACAGCGCAGACUCCUUGGUGACAGGAGUUUCGUCAUAUAUGGACAUGUAACACUUGAGAUCAGGACCAUAUGAGGUAGCACAGUGGUAAGACGCUGGAACUGUGUGGGAGGACAGUGGUUCAAAUCCCCAUCCAGUCAUGUAGACUUAAAUAUUCCAUGGUUUACCCAAAUAGGAUAAGCCAAGGUAGUUCCUUUGUAAAGGUUACUCUCCUGAUUUCCUUCACUCCAUCUUUCUACAAUCGGAGCUUGUGCUCCACCUCUAAAGAUGACCUUGUCGACUGAAUGUUAAAACCUAUCUUAUUCUUUUAUACUUGAUAUCAGGAUGUGUGUGUUUUCUCAGAAAAUAAAUAAAAUUGAUCUUGUCUUUUGUCGAUUGUUAGUGCAUCUUGCAAAGGAGUGUUUAACAUAUGCUUUGUAAUAGUAGUCUAUAACACAUUGAUGUCUAUACUAAACAGAAUUUCCUGUAUCCCAACAGUUUAAAUUUAUAUUGCAUUUUUGUGUGCAUUUGUAAUUUGAAAUUAUAAAACAACAAAAUAAUGAUGCUUCCAUUAUUUUAUAGUGAUAGCCACUAGUUUUUAGUGACUUGUUGGCUGUCAAUUUUCCCUUAGUGUACUUGCAUGAAUAUGUAACCUAUGUGGUCCAACUCCUGCUAUGGAUUUUCUUGUGUGGAAAUUUAAUAGCAUAAUGUUGUCAAAGCAUUCUGUAUUUUUUCCUGAUUGCAUGUCUGCAAGCAGUCCAUUUCUUUUUUCAGUCUAUUCUUGACUGAAAGACAGAAUUUACAUUUUUAAAUUUAACACUUUGGGUACAGGGUGUUUAAAAUGUGUACCAUGUUCAUACUGGAGAUAAUAUUUGUCAAAAUCUAACAAAAGUCCUGCAAGCAUAUUUGUGAAAACAAAGACUUGUUAAUGUAUGGGCCAUUCUGUCAGGACAACCAUUAGUUUCUCAUCACUCCAGUAGGUGUGUGUGAUCAUCCUUUCUUUCAUAUCCUUUAGCACUUAUUAAAGAAUCGUGAUCUCAUGCAAACACACCUGAAAGCACUCAGAUUUGGUAGGCAUCAAUGGCCUCAUGUCAUGCACCCAGACAGUCUUAAAAUCAUCACCAUAAUCAGAUUUAAUUACAUGUACAAGAAACAGGCUCCUGUAAAUUGUGCAUGUUGUUGAAAUGUGUGGCAUACACAAUGUUUUUAAAUGUCAACUUUGCCAUAACAUUCAAGUAAACAGGGACACCACACUGCUAGACCAUUUUGAUGAAUCCAUCACUCAUUAAAUGUUUUGAUUAAAGAUAGAAAAUGAGAUGGUGCCCCAUUGUGCAUGAACCACAUCUGUUGUUUUUCUGCAAGAGUAACAUUGUCAGGUAACAUGGAUAAUUUGUCAUGCAGAAGUUGUUGAUGAACAGUGUUCGUUAGUGUGACAGUAAAGGGUACAGCCUUGUGAAUAUGAUACUAUCAUUUCUGCCCAUUCAUAGAUACGAAAGUGGACCUGUUGUCUUAUUUCAAUGAUCACUCACUGUUUUGAAAGUGCUCACAUUGUGAGUGUUGUGAGAGCCUCUUUCAUGGGAACUUCAGCAGCUUCAUAUAGGCACUUUACUGCAGCCCUGAAACUGUAUUGUAUUUGGGAAUUUAAUGAUCAUGUAGGAAUGCAUAAAUAACUAUACUUCUUCCAAUCAUUCAUGAACUGAACACUGAGUAUUGGUUCUUAAGAUUUUUUUUUAGUCUUCCACAUUUGAUGGUCUGAAAAAAAAAAUGCUUCUCAAAAAUACAUUACUGAUUUAAUUUGGUCAUCAUGCCUUCUCUUGGAUGUAUCUGUCAAGCUGAUAUCCCAUUUCCCAGUUCACUGCAAUGUUUGUUUUAUUAAAUAUGUAACUCAUUCUGGUGGUUUAGCUAUAUCUGUAAUGAUAUUACCUAUUGGAUUAUUUUUAUGUACUGUAGUAGUUCCACUAGGAGUGUGGAAAUUGAAAUGAAAUUUGUAAUGUCACUAUUUCCACUGUUACUUAUAUGUUUCUUCUACACCUACAUUUAUUAUAUCUUUUCUCUCGUGGUCUGUGUUGACAUUUCUUUAACUGCCUCCAUUUUGUUACAAAUGGAUACUGACACAAUGUACGAGGCCUGUUCAGAAAGUAAGCUCCGAUUGAUUGCCAAAUUGAAACCACAGUGAACAUCAGAAAUGUUUUACUUCUAACAAUUAGCUACACCUUUCAGCUACUUCUCCACGUAGUCGCCAU